AUUUUAUAGCACAGCUGUCAAAUGCGGAACUGUCAUCUUUUCUCUCAGCGAAAUGAAAAUAAACAACUUGCCGGUGAAAAUUGUUACGAAAACACCUUCCAUGAAGUUGUAGUUAUAAAACAGUUGGAUUUGCCCUUAAAUUAGUCUCCUCACAAUGCGGUUUAUGGACGCACUGAAAUCAUGCUGGGUAACCACCCUGUUUGGUGCGAUACUGUUGCUAGCCGGCUCCACACUUCUCAUUUGGAACGAGGGACGCACCAUACGUAUUCUACUUUCGCUAGAAGAAGCCCUGAACGAUGCAGUGACAGUAAGUGCCGAUAGUCCGUACGAAAAGCAGUACGAAGGGCGUUUGGUUCACCUGAACGGGGCGCUGUCAACGGGCGAGCCGCUAACCGAACCCGACUACAACAUCCAGGUGCAAGCGGUGAAGCUAAAACGACGCGUUCAGAUGUACCAAUGGGUCGAAGAAUCGAUUGAAAACCGCUUCGGAGAAUCCGUCGCUACAGUAGAGACGGAAGAUCGAUCCUACUUUUACAACAGAGAAUGGCGCGACAGUUUGAUCGACUCCCGCAGCUUCUACAUACGCACCGGCCACCACAAUCCUACCUCGUUCCCCAUCGACUCCACCGUACACCUUUCGGAGCAUGUCCAUGUUGGUCCGUACGAACUGGGCACUGCAGCGAAAGAGCGCUUCAAAACCUUCCAAGAGGUCACUUCCGACACGCGUCCGGAAGAUCCAUCGGUUAGGAUGCACUCGGGACUGUACUAUCACUGCAACGAUAUAUGGAAUCCGGAAAUCGGUGACAUACGGAUACAGUUUGCGUACGCCGGACUCGAAGGCUCGUACGUGACCGUGGUGGGAAAGCUGGAAAAUGGCGAAAUAGUACCGUACGAAUCGACACACUUUCGCAAAGUUCUGCUGCUCGAACCGGGCGAACACAAUCUGCACGACAUCUUCCGCUUCGAGCAUCAGCAGCAGCGUACGACCACGUGGUCCGUACGCUUCAUUGGCUGGGUUUUGCUGUUUUUCGCCACCAUUUGCUGUGCCACGAUUUUGCAACAUCUGGCCAGAGAGCACCGUGCUUUGCGAAUGUUCUUCCCCGACUGCAAUUUUACGCUUUCGACCAACGUAAUGCUGUCGUUUUCGGUCGCGCUGGUGAUUGUUUCGAUUGCGUGGAUCUUCCAUCGACCGUGGUUGGGUGGUGGUUUGCUGUUUGCCGCAAUGUCACCAUUUUUGUACUGUGCUCGUGGAAUUAUGGGCAGCUAUGAGCGGAUGGACUGAAGCGGGGGAACUGGCGAUAAGUUCGGACUAAUUUAUAGGUUUUUACCAAAACUAACUUGUCAUUUUAGGUGUAACAUGCGAUAUUGAUAAGUGUCUUGCGUUUCUGUGUUUUUUUAUGGAAUUAAUACUCACGAAUAAACCAAUUUAACAAUUUUGUUCUUAAUCGAAAA